AUGAGGAAGUCAGGGUGGAAACAUCAGUCUUCUAAUUCCUUGGACAAUCUUGUCUCUCCAUUGGAAUCCGCAUUGCACACUAGAUCAAAGACUAGAAAUCUAGUUGCAUUUUCUGCUUUCAUCUCCACUAUUGAACCUGAGAACAUCAAAGAAGCUCUGAAGGAUGCUGACAGGGUGAACUCAUUGCAGGAGGAGCUUCAUCAGUUUGAAAGAAGUUUGCAGAUUAGACAGUUUCCUCAAGGCCCUUCUAUUUGUCAAGAAAAAUAUAUCAACGAGCUGCUCAGAAGGUUCAAUAUGCAGGAGGCCAAGAUAAUUUAUACACCCAUGAUAAUGAGUAACAAACUUGGCUGUGAUGAGGUAGGCAUUGACGUAAAUGAAACAAUGUAUAGAGGAAUCAUUGGAUCUCUCCUCUAUCUUACUGUAAUCAAGCCAGAUAUUGUCUUUAGCAUGGGGAUGUGUACUAUAUUUCAAGCAGCUCCAAAGGAAUCACACCUGAAGGUUUUCUAA